AUGACAAAUACAGGGGAUCACGAAGCUUCGGCGCCCCCCCCUGAACCCCAAGCAAGACAUAUAGUGUACUGCGGAGUUUGCUCCCUUCCACCUGAGUAUUGCGAGUUUGGCGGGAUAGCGAAGAAGUGCGAGGAAUGGCUGAAAGAUAACCAUCCGGAUUUACAUGAGCGAUUAUACUCUGAUGAAGCCAUAACCGCAAACCUAAACACCCUCUCGCUCUCCGCCCGCGAACGCGCGGCCAAAGACGCCGCGAAAAAGGAAGCAAAAGCCGCCCUUGCCGAAUCCCGCGACAAAGAACGCAAAGCUGCCGCCAAAAUCCAAAUCCGCCGCGUCGAGCGCAAUAAACGAAAAUACGUCACCAUCGUCUCCGGGCUCGAGGCGCAUGGCCUGGACAUCAAGAAGAUCGCGAAGGAAUUGGGGAAGAAAUUUGCGACGGGAAGCUCGGUGACGAAGGCUGUGUCUGGCGUAGCGUCGACGGCGCAGGGGGGUUCUGGGGAAGAGAUCACGGUGCAGGGAGAUGUUAGUGAGGAGAUUCUAGAGUGGCUAGUUAGCAAUCAUGGGGAGAAGGUGCCGGAGGAUAAUGUGGAGCUCGUUGAGGAUAAGAAAAAGAAGGCUGGGGCGGGCGGGUGAGUGAGUACGUUCGCUAGU